AUGCUGUUCGCUACGUUGUACAAAUUGGUUGCUUGGUUACAUCUGGAUCAGACGAUGGCGUUGAUUUGGGCUCCAAAAUUAUUACAAGCCUGCUUUGCAGCUAUCACCGAUUAUGCAACAUACAACCUGGGCAAGCGAGUGAUCAACCAAACCAUCGCACCUUAUAUACUGCUGAUCACUCUAUGCUCUUGGUACAAUUAUUUCAUCGCUGCACGUACACUUUCAAAUGCUAUGGAAGCCAUGUUCACCGUAUCGGCACUCAAUUACUGGCCCUUGGCUAAUCUCAACAAGACCACAAGUAUCAGGGAUUACCGGGUGGCACUCUUAUUAGCUGGAAUGGCAUGCGUGAUGCGACCUACCAACGGGCUCGUAUGGCUAUUCCUUGGUGCGCAAUUGAUAAUUGGAUCAUCAGGUCGUCGUAUAGCGGUGAUUUUCAAUGCAGCUGCCAUUGUAUCCUUGGUAGUUGCUGGUGAUAUUCUUCUCAAUUCAUGGAUGUAUGGCGAACUCGUAUUGACACCACUCAACUUUGUCAAAGUCAAUGUGCUGGAUUCGAUUUCAUUGAUUUAUGGUGUUCAUCCUUGGCAUUGGUAUCUUUCUCAAGGCGUACCUGUGGUACUCACUACGCUCCUUCCCUUUACACUUUAUGGUGGCUACAAGGCAAUGGCUACAACAGCAGGAUCGGACAAUACAAAAGCUCAACGUGUACUUGUGCAGCUAGUCGUAUGGGUCCUCGCCGUAUACAGCUUACUAUCUCACAAGGAAUUUCGAUUCAUUUAUCCAAUCCUCCCAAUCAUGCUCAUCUUGGCUGCUUCAGGGCUUGCUCAAAUCAACUCAACAAAGAGACGUACAGCUAUUGCUCUAUUACUCGUGUUCACUCAGCUACCCAUGGCAUUCUAUCUCAACUUGUGGCAUCAACGUGGUGUUGUCGAUGCCAUGCUUUGGCUACGGGAUCAACCUGAAGUAUCAUCCGUGGGCGUACUCAUGCCAUGUCACUCAACACCAUGGCAAUCCAUGGUUCAUAAACCGGAUACCAACAUGUGGUUUCUUACCUGCGAGCCACCCCUUGAUGGCGAGAAGGAUUAUGUAGACGAGGCCGAUCGCUUUUAUGCAGAUCCAGUGAGAUUUCUUUCCGACGACUUUGACAAAGAAUGGCCAUCGCAUCUAUUAAUGUUUGAACAACUCCUUGAAAACAACAAUGUCGCCCAUAUCUUGAAGGAGCAACAAGGAUACCAUGAAUGUGCGAGAUUUUUCAAUUCACAUUUCCAUGACGACUGGCGUCGCCAAGGCGAUGUCAUUGCACUAUGUAAAUAA